AUGAAAACCCUUGUGUUAUUUUUGGUGGUGCUGGCCAUCUUUGGAACACAGUCUCAUGGAUAUGAGGUUUACAACAUCAUCAGCCCAAACAACAAUGGUGGCAAUAUUCAGGAGACAGUGACAAUUGACAAUGAAAAAAACACUGCCAUUGUUAACAUCCAUGCCGGAUCAUGCUCCUCUACCACAGUUUUUGACUAUAAACAUGGUUACAUCGCAUCCAGGAUCCUCUCCCGAAGAGCCUGCUACGUCAUGAAGAUGAACCAUGAUGCCAUUCCUGCUCUGGAUCAACUCAAACGGUACAUCUACGAGAGGAAGGCUCUGAAGACCAUGUCCUCCAACGAAUACACCUGGGUCAAGUACAACCCGCUGCAGUCUUGGUUUACAGACAUGAAAUGGUUCUUUUUGGGGUCACCCAUUGAGAAGCUCUGCAAACACCUCCCCUUGUACAAGGCAGAAGUGGUUGAUAAACCACAUGAUGCCGGUGCUCAUGGCUGCGUAAAGGCUGGGCUCCUGGGCAUCUUUGGGAUUUCCAUCUGUGGAGGCGUCAAUGUUUAA